GCGCCGGCCCUUUCCUUCGCUGCGCGCCGCCGAGGAGGCCGCACCAUGAAGGCGUCGGGCACCCUGCGCGAGUACAAGGUGGUGGGGCGCUGCCUGCCCACGCCCAAGUGCCGCACGCCGCCGCUCUACCGCAUGCGCAUCUUCGCGCCCAACCACGUCGUGGCCAAGUCCCGCUUCUGGUACUUCGUGUCGCAGCUGAAGAAGAUGAAGAAGUCGUCCGGGGAGAUCGUCUACUGCGGGCAGGUGUAUGAGAAGUCCCCUCUGAGGGUAAAAAAUUUUGGUAUUUGGCUACGCUAUGAUUCUCGUAGUGGAACUCACAACAUGUACAGGGAGUACAGGGAUUUGACCACUGCUGGUGCUGUCACUCAGUGCUACCGUGAUAUGGGAGCCCGUCACCGUGCCCGUGCUCACUCUAUUCAGAUCAUGAAAGUUGAGGAGAUUGCUGCUAGCAAGUGCCGCAGACCAGCAGUCAAGCAGUUCCAUGAUUCCAAAAUCAAGUUCCCUCUGCCACACAGAGUUCUGCGUCGCCAGCACAAACCACGUUUCACUACCAAGAGACCAAAUACAUUCUUCUAAGUACAAAAACGUGCUGUCAACUCUGUGCUGUAAUAAAGGUCUUAUCUGAA